CGGAAGUCCCAGUCUGGGAUCAGCUGACCAGAGAGAGAGCUGGAAAUGGCGUCUUCCUUGCUUGGGGGCGAACGAUUGAUUCGCGCUUUGGGCCCUGGCGGAGAACUGGAACGGGAGCAGCUGCCCCGGAAGCUGCGUGCCCAGUUUGAGGCUGCUCUGGGGAAGAAACACACGAGCAGUGAUGGCGCCACGGGCCCCCGGCGCCUGAUUCCAUUCCGUCUGAUCCGAGAACUGCAUCAGCACCUGAGAGAAAGAAAUUCCAACCUGUACCUUCAUGAACUCCUAAAAGGCAGUGAAAUCUACCUCCAAGAGGUUGUGAAACCUCCUCGGAAUCCAGAGCUGGUUGCCCGACUAGAGAAGAUUAAGAUACAGCUAGCCAAUGAGGAAUAUAAGCGGAUCACUCGAAAUGUCACUUGUCAGGAUGCACAGCGUGGGGGGACGCUGAGUGACCUAGGAAAACAAGUGAGAUCGGUGAAGGCUCUGGUCAUUACCAUCUUCAACUUCAUCGUCACGGUGGCAGCUGCCUUUGUCUGCACUUACCUAGGAAGCCAGUAUAUCUUCACAGAAAUGGCCUCGAGAGUGCUGGCUGCAUUGAUCGUCGCCUCGGUGGUGGGAUUGGCAGAGCUGUACAUCAUGGUGAGGGUGAUGGAAGGCGAACUCGGGGAGCUGUAACUGGUGCUUCACAUCAAAGUCUAGAAGAAGUUUGGGGAGCCCUAGACUGUCCGUUGUCCAUCACUGACUCUCAGUCAAUCCACGAAGCUCUAUGUACUCAGCUCCAGUUAGAGGACCAGGUCAAGUUCUUCCUUGGGGAGCCAUAUCUGCUGUCAGUUUCCUUGGAGAGGAAUAGAGAAGAUUCAGACAGCAGUGAUUCUUUAAAACAGAAAGAACUGCUCUCAAUAACUGCUCCUGAAUCCAGUGCUCAUUUGCCUUCUGCGGUUCAUUCUGAGUCUGCUGAGUCUGGGGUUUUCCCAUCAGAAGAAAGAAUCCAGACCUUCUCUCCAAAUGGGCCAGACUGCCAUGAACUGGCCCAAGUGCAUAAGUCAGUCACCAUCCUUCAUCCACAUAUCUUGGCAGAAGACCCUAAGGAAGCAGAAGGCAUGAACCUGAGAAGAACCAGUCAGAAAACAGGCAUCAAAUAAGAGAAAAGUGGUUGAUACAGGAUGGUGGAGCUGGAAAUCAGGCAGCUAACUUUUUCUAGAAAAGAAAAUGGGAUCAGGCCAUUUUCCAGAAGUCAAAACAGGCUGAAAACCAGAUGAUCAGCUGUGAUCUUCUGUUCAGUGGAGCCAAAGGUGUCCACGUUGUCCUGUUGUCUGUGCUGUGUUGCACUCUUCAGAACGUAGAGAAGUUAGAGCAUCUGUGUUCAGAACUUACGUUGGAGAAACUGUUUAAGACCCUUGAAAAAUGUUAUUUAUCUAAUAAAUAUUUCUUGUGUUCA